UAUCAGCUUCGUGAAUUUCGUCCAUUAAUUCGUUCAAUCGCAGUCUCGGCCUGAUAACUCUCAUCAUUACAACGAGAAUUACAUAGACCCGUCGAGGAAUUUCGUGUUCCGCCGGACCUUUCCCUUCGUGACUUGUCAUUCGCCUCCUGGCCUUCAUUUUGCCCGUCACCCCUCUCGUUGUGUACCCUCAACCCUCGCCAUUUGAGAUAGCAGCACCCAACAGUCCAGCUCCCUGGAAAUCCAGCAGUGGGAGGAGUUGCUGACCAUCGGCUUGUUGUUGGGUGGGCACGAUCUGCACAUCUGAUUGGGUCCUCGUUUUCCCUUUUUUUUUGGGAUCUGGCGCUUGUGUUGUGUAUCCAACUCUGCAUGGGACUAUUGUCUCGAUCGUGACCUCCUCACCCCACUCAUCGAUCCCAACCACCCCACUGUCUCCAAAAUCUCCUACAAACUCUUCCAAAGAAUGACGGAACAGUACCAACAACAACAGCAAGUGAACCUAGGUCACCCAGAGCCGCCAGAGGUGACCAGUCUGCAUCACAAAGCCUUCCUGAUCGGUCCUGCUCCGCUCCACUCCGGACCGCAACAGCACCACCAACAACAACAACAACAUCCAGCUUCUUCGUAUUUAGCUAGUCAGCACAACUAUCCUCAAUCAACAGUUGCCAGUCACAGCGACGCCAUGACCAACGGAAGUAGUGCCGUGUACGGAUACGACAGUCCCGAUUGCGGCUAUUACGAGCAAGAGUGCUGUUCCGGUGUCGACAUUGUCGUCAACGCGCACCACCAACAACAUCAAAAUUACAACAACAACAGUCGUCCAACGUGCGCCAUGCAAAUGGCCGUCAAUUCACCCGUGUCAGUGGCCAUUCAGCAACAAUCAAGUGAUUCUUAUUCGUCAUCAAACGCGUACCAUCCAAUGCAGCAGCAUCACAUGGGACAAGUGCAUCAUCAGGCCACAAGCGGUACGAGCACGGUGCAUCACUUCGCCGCCAACACGGUCGUGGCCGACGAACUGUCGUCACCGCAGGACAACAAUAGCGUCACCGCUUCCUACCAUGCCGUUUCGACUGGACAGCAGCAGACGCAGGCGAAUACGGCGGCCAAAGACGCUAUUUACCCAUGGAUGAGAGAGACUUCCAACGCGAAUGCAGCCAUCAAACGCAGCCCAUUUCAUUUGCAAACCGGUGGCCUCACGUUGGUCACAUCUCAGCCGAAUAAUCACCACUACGGCGCUGGUGGUGGACUUAAUCAGCUGAUGUCGUCUUCAGAGAGCCUGGCAUCGCCCAUCUCUCCUCAACCCACUCCACCAAUCUCUUCAAGUCCAGAGCAACCAGCGAAACGGGCCCGCACAGCGUACACCAGUGCCCAGCUGGUGGAACUGGAGAAAGAAUUCCUAUUCAAUCGCUACUUGUGUCGACCUCGUCGCAUCGAAAUGGCCACCCUGCUCAACCUGACCGAGCGCCAAAUCAAAAUCUGGUUUCAAAAUCGGCGAAUGAAAUUCAAAAAGGAACAAAAAGGGAAAAGCAGUGGCAGCGGUGGAGAUAAAUCACCUAGCCCACCCUCUUGCUCAGCCGUUACGUCCAGCUCCCAUUCACCGUCUCCACCGGCGUCUGCUGCCGCCGCAGGAACAGCUGCCAACGAAAUCAGUGGCGCCGGCUCCCCCUCGCCAUCGCUGGCCAGUCACCUGUCCUCCUCGGACCCGACACCUGGAUCCUACGGCGAUGCCCAAGAGACGGCAACCCUAAUCGACUUGCCCGAGCCGCUGACUAGUCGCAAUGUCAAAACGGCUGCCAACAACAAUAAGCAACAACCGUCGUACUCGAAUUCAACUCACUACGAUCAAGCGAGCCUGUCGCCGUACAGCGGCUGCUCGACCGGCACCGAACAAGAGAGUCCCGAACGAUCGUGCCCGCAACAAUCAACUGCACUUCUACAGCCGCAUCAUCUUUCGCUGUCGUUCGGCACGGAUUCUUUCAAGUACAGCAGCGGAGGAGGACUCGUUACCCCGACAGACGACAUCGGCUCGCCAGACGAUCACCACCAUCAAGUGCAACAACAACAACAACAACAACAUCAUCACAACCUCUUUUCGACUCCGGUCGAUAGUUACGGCAAACAUUUUUCUAGUUUUCAUCAGCCAGCUCAGUCCUACGCUGGCCAUGUUCCCAACAUGGCCUACAACAACAACAAUCCAGCCGCGAACGUGUACGGCGUGGCCGCCGCGCCCUAUUUGAAUGUCAACAACCUGGGCGGUUAUUUCGGGUUCCAUCACCAGUGGAACGCGUCGGCUCAUCAUCGCGUAGCGGCCGGAUACCCGCCGACCGGAAUGUUCUGUGGCGAUCACUUGCAGCAGCAGCAGCAGCAGCAGCAGCAGCAACAACAACAACAACCGCAUCCACAGCAACAAUCGAUCGACAUGUACAAUGCUCAAAUGUUGUCAGUCGGGAGCAACAACAGCAGCCCCAUCAACGAACAGCCGCCAACAACUCCCGGAGCUACGACCCCCAUCUUGUCCGGUCACCGCUUCCCGAGCUAUCAGUAUCACGGUGAAAUGACGUGGUCGCCUGGCACUAAUAAUUGUAGCAACGCCACCGGCGCUACCACCCCUACUGCAACAGCGUCCAGCAACGGCCCGGUGGCCAUGAUGGAAUGCAGCAAUCCGCUCAAUCUCUUCAGUUCGCCAUCGUCCGGUAAUAGCAGCAACACUAUCGCCGGUCUGGAAACGACUAACCAGGAAGCCCCGAGACUAGCCAUGCUCUAAA